GAAGCACUAAGGCCCACCGAAUGUUCUCCGGCUGCGUGCCAUGAGAGAGGAUGGUCCCUAUCUGCUGCUGUUACAAAUUCUUUGGUUAUGUUGCUUCAGCUUCUGCAUCAGACUGUUGCAGGUCACUGCUGUGUGGAGAAGGGGCCAAGUUACUCUAAGCUGAUGAUAAGGGAUGUGGUGGAUGUUUGUCAGCUGCUUUUCCCUUUGAGGAAGAAGUGGUGUGAGCGAGAUAUCUUACCAAGGCAGGGAGCAGAGCAAAUGGGAUAGGAGUACUGAAGAAACUAGGUAAAAGAUGAGGGAUACUCUGGAAAAAUGGAGCCUGAAAGCAUUUGGAGAGGACACUUUCCAGCAGAAAUACAGCCUAUAUGGAGAUACUGAACAGUACUGACGGCAUCGAGCUCUCUGCUAGAGCCCAAACUGUGCGUGUUUCAUCUGCUUUGGAACCCCCACAUUCUACUUAGUGGUUAUUCAGACAUGUUGCUGGGCUGGGGGCAGCACUGCCUCCAGAUGGCUCCCUCUUGUCCCCACCUUGUAAGUGAUUCUGACUUCAAACCUCCAACGGCCACUUGUAUUGUGCAGAGGGCAGCUCUGUGGAGGCCAUUUUGUGCCCGAGGAGAGUGCUGUUUACACCAAUCUCCCAUAUCGCUGUAACCUUCCACUGUCGUGUGGCAGAUGGAAUAAUGAUUCAUGCUGUGAAUGUUCUCUGCGUGUUCCUCUUGCGCGCCUGCUGUCUUCUGCUUGGUUUGAUCCCAUUGCAUUAGAUCACAUGUUCUCUGUAGUUUUCCAUUGUAUUCCUUUCUUUUUUCCCCCCUUAAUGCUAUGUGUAGUUCCUUUGCUCUGGCAGCCACAUUUCUCUCUGAAUAUCAAGCGCACAGCCAUCCCAUGGCCUGGAUUUUCUGGUCCCCGUCGCAGGUUACCUCUGCAGGCUGUGUCACAAAUUCUACCAUAGCGACUCUGCUGCCCGGCUCGCACACUGCAAGUCCCUGAUGCAUUUUGAGAACUUUCAGAGGUACAAGGUGGCAAGGCAUCGUGCCGCAGCUGCCUGUCCCGAGGCUCCCUUGCAUUCCCAGAGCUCCAGCUCCCAAUUGCUGGAUGAUCAGGAACAGCCUCCUGCUCCAUCAGAAGAUACCGGCAAGAAGAUGAAUGUCAACCAUGGGAUAGACAAGGAGGGUACAGAGCUGUCAGCACUGCAAGAACAAGCUUUGAGGUCUCCAGAGGGUAAGGGCAAGCUGGCCACCUCUGUGGCAGAGAGCAAAAGCCUGGCCAGCAUGACUGAUGUGUGUGGAAUUGUGGCUGUAGAAGAAAGCCUCCAGGAGAGCAAAUCCACUGCAAGCUGCCCGCUCCCUGAAGAGAGCAGCGGCAUGGGGGAGUUGUUGGGACAUGCUGUGUAUGAGGAGGAGGAGGAAGCCAAUGCAGCCAGGCAAGGGGAAGGCACAGACUACUGCCAGGAUCCAGGGAGCGGAGGGGAGCUGGGACAGAAAGAGGCAUCACACGGAGGCCAGGAGGCAGCAGCAGAGCCCUCCUCCCUUGCCAAAGGUGAGACCGCCAGUCUGACCUCUGCUGCGUGCAGACGCUCUUCUAGGCGCAAACCCAGAUAGAGUGGCCUUAAAGGGAGAGCCCUUCACACACGAUAUUUGCUGGAAAUGUUUAUUUUCGGAGUCUUUUAAUAGAGCAAAAACCUUCAACUUUACCGCUGUUUUUAUUUUAAGAAUAAAACAAGCCUGGCUUUAGCGUGUCUAACAUGGGAAUGGUGUUGGUUAUUACUUGUAUAGUUUGGAUACUGCAGUUAAUGUGGAAAGACUGCUUUGAUUGCUGAACUCAGAAGAAGAAUGUAAUGUGGUUAUUUUUCCUUUCCAUGGGGGAUUUGGGUCAUGAAGUAGAUGGAUCCAGACUUUUUUCCCCAUUUUCUUCUACUAAUUAUACCCGUAGUUCCUCUCUGCUUCCUUCCAAGGCAGAGAAGUUGAUUUCUUGGGAGACUGUGCCCAGUUCUGCUCUUCAGAAUGGUUUUCUUUCAAGGCUGCACACUCUUGGACCAGUGCUGUGUCCUAAGUUAGGCAAGAACGUGCAUCUUGGUCAUUUGUUAAUACUAUGAGGCUUCAUACAGUCUAUUCUCAUAGUGGAGACUCAGGAACAAAUUUUGUUUCAAUUGAUUUUAAUAAAACAGAUUCCUUGUAACUUCAAUUUUCACAAAAACUCCUUUAACUCUACAGAGGUUAGAAUAGUUCAGACUUGCUUCACAGUGGUGGCACCAGGCCGUCCUGACUAAGUUUCAAACCAGAAUGCUCGUGAUUACUCCUGUUAAAAUAUACAGGGAGGGCUCUGCUCUCAUCCUGUGGCGGGCAGAGCACCAUAUAGUCACCAGCUCUAUAAGGAAAACCAGGCUGCUCUGCCUCUCUGAGCCUUGAGUCCUUAAUGGCAGCUCAAGGAAUUAGAAUUAGAAGCCACCCAAGUCAAAAACAUCACCUUGGUAGCUCAUCUUAUCUGCCUGGAAGGGAACAGGGAAGUCCAGUGAUGUGGGGCUACCUGUCAGUACUUGCAGUGAAUGUGAAUAAUGGGGAAGCUGUAGUUUCAAGUCAGGAGAUGAUCUGUGCUUUCCCACCAUAACUCUGUGUCUGUGACCAGAGUUGCCAGAGAAAGCCUGGGGGCAGGACAGCCCCUGCCUGGUGUGCGGUGUGAGGGAAGGGGCUGGAGCUGUAGCAUUCCCCAGCUGGAAUCAGUACAAAACACCAUGAUCAUUUUUCUACUUUGUGAAGAGAGCUUCCCUGCAAACAACCUGUACAGCCUCAGGCUUUGUGCACCCAGCUCCAACCAUGUUACAUGGCCACGCUUCCGUUAAUGCUGGAAGCAAAAAGAGCUGAGUUUCCUACACUCAUCUGUGUGCACUUAUCACACAGCUAAGGGAAAGAAAACAUGGAGGUGAAUGGCUGGGUGCUACCACAGGAAGGAUUACAUAAUGGGCAGGAGGUAACUCUUCAAUUUUCAAUAAACCAGUGACCAGUAAUUGCCCCCUUUGAAAUCGAGUGUAUGGCCGGGGCACUACACAGGAGGUUGUGGGCCCUGCAUGUCAGCUCCCUCGCUGUGCUGCUCGCUCUGCUGCUGGAACUCCAGGCGGGUCUGGCGGUUGGACUCCAGCAGCUCCUGCAGGCAGGCGUGGAGGUGGUCGUUCUUCUCCUCCAGGUGAUCCAAGCAGGAGCUGAUCUGGUCCAGCAUGGAGUUUAUUGCUGCGUAUUCUUCCUCCCCGAAGCCGUCCCCGUCCUCAUCGCCGCCGUCCCGCCCGGCGGGGCCCAGCGCCACGUGCGGAUCCCCGUUGGGCCCCGACAUGGCCGCCACCCCCGUUGGCCCGUUCUAUCACUGCAGCGCUGCCAACACCCAGCCGGGCCGUGUAUCUGCAGCCCCGCUCAGCCCGGCCGCCAUGUUGUGGCCGCCAUGUUGGGGCGUGUAGCCGUGUGCCCGCCCCGCCUCACUCCCGCGCUCCUCCCGCCCCUACCCUCACUCAAGAUGGCGGCUGCCGGCCGUGCCUGCCGGCUCACUGCGCUGCUGCCGCCCUGGCGGUUACGAGCCCCGUGCCGUUCGUUGUGCAGCGCGGCUCGGGGCGCUGCUGCCGGCGGUGGCCGGUUGCUGCUGGGCGCCGCCUUCGCGCUGGGCGGCGGAGCCGGGCUGUGCAUGGCGGCACGGCAGCGCCUGACGGAGCACAAGGCCGCGGAGCUGCCUGCAGGGAACCUGCAGCUCACCCUCUACCAAUAUAAGACGUGUCCUUUCUGCAGUAAGGUCCGAGCUUUUCUGGAUUAUCACGGGCUGCCCUAUGAAAUUGUGGAAGUGAACCCAAUAAUGAGGAAAGAGAUCAAAUUCUCUGCCUACAGGAAGGUGCCCAUCCUGCUGGCUGAUGCUGGCAGCCCUCUGCAGUUGAAUGACUCUUCGGUGAUCAUCAGCGCAAUAAAGACCUAUCUCAUUUCCAAGAAGAACAGCCUAGAAGAAAUUGUGUCCUUUUAUCCUCCCAUGAAAACUGUGACUGAGCAAGGCAAGGAGGUACUUGAAUAUGGGAAUAAAUACUGGCUCAUGCUGGAUGAGAAGGAGACGAAGCGAGUCUAUCCUGUCAAAGAAGUGAGAGUGGAAGAAAUGCAGUGGAGAAAAUGGGCAGAUGAUUGGCUCGUUCACCUCAUCUCCCCCAACGUUUACCGCACCCCCAAAGAAGCCUUGGCGUCUUUUGAUUACAUUGUCCGUGAGGGGAAGUUUGGCACUUUGGAAGGUUUUAUUGCCAAGUACCUGGGGGCCAUUGCCAUGUUCUUCGUUAGCAAGAGACUGAAGAAAAGGCAUCACCUCCGAGAUGAUGUCCGGCAGGAUUUGUACGAAGCAGUUGAUAAGUGGGUAAAAGCCAUUGGCAAAAAUAGAUUGUUCAUGGGUGGAAGCCAGCCAAACCUUGCUGACUUGGCAGUGUAUGGGGUGCUCCGGGUCAUGGAGGGGCUGGAAGCCUUUGACGACAUGAUGGUUCACACCAAGAUCCAGCCUUGGUACCAGCGCAUGGAGGAAGCCAUUCAGAGAGCUGCAGCCUGAUGCCACCUGCAGCCUCCUUCCUGAGAUACUUGCAUGGGGGAAAAUCCUUAAGAAGGAAUAGUGUUUUAUCUUCUAACGAGUUGAACGGACUGAUCACACCUCUGGAACUGAUGUGCGGGCACAGACUGUGCUGUUCAGAGCCCUGAGCUGCGGGCAGAGGGAUCCUGCAGUGUGUGAGUGAGAUGUGAGAAGGAUGGGGCAGGACAGGAGGAGUUUGGGGCACUGCGGGGAGGAAGCAGCUCGGGCUGAAGAAGCACUGAGCAGACUAUAGGUGGGAGCCGUGCUCAGAGCACAGCACUGUAAUGCAGGCUGCUUGCUUGGCUACUAGUGUUACAGCUGCAUCUGGUCCGAUCGUUCUCAGCAGCUCUUGCUUCAGGCUCUUCCUCCAUUCGUCCACCCAUCUGUUCUGCUGACUGAGACAUUGAUGCUGGACUUUAAAGACGAGUUCUUCUGUAAUAGAAUCGGGGUGAAUCCCCGGUGCUGGGAGAGCCCCCUUCAGCCCUUCCUUUGCUGGGCCGUGGGCUGUGGGCGCUGUGCUCUGGUGUCCGCUGUGUGAGGAUAAAGGCUUCUGUGACGCUG